UAAUGCUCAACUAACAUUUUUGCCAACCACCAGAAAUAAAUUCUAAAAGAAGAAGAAGAGGCGCUCUGACUGGCGGGUUGGUUCGAUUUACCGCGACAAACUUCCGCUCUGUUAUCUAACACACAAUUCCAACUCACCCACUUGGACGUUCUUAGAUAUUUUACGCCAAUACAUUCGAACUAAAACCUUUCUGAGAUGUGUGGAAGAACCGCUUGCACUCUCGCUCCUGACGAAGUGAGCCGAGCCUGCUCUUACAGGACCCGGGGCGGACAGCGGAGACAGCCCCGCUGGAGGGAUGGAGACGCGGAUAAAUACAGACCAUCUUACAACAAGAGUCCUCAGUCCAUGAGCCCGGUUCUGGUAUCGCAGAGACAUUUCGAUAAGAGUGCUCCUGUGGAUGAAUGUGUUUUAGCUUCAAUGCGUUGGGGUCUGAUACCUGCAUGGUUCAAGGAGAGCGACCCAAAUAAGAUGCAGUACAGUACCAGCAACUGCCGGAGUGAGAAUAUUCUUGAGAAGAAGUCCUACAAGGACCCCCUCUUAAAGGGACAGCGCUGUGUCAUCCUGGCUGAUGGAUUUUAUGAGUGGCAGAGGAGGGAAAAGCAGAAGCAACCUUUCUUCAUAUACUUUCCUCAGAGAACCAGCCCAAGCCAGGAGAAGGAAGAGGAUCAGCAACUCUUGUCUCCAACUUACAAUAAGGAAAAAUCAGAAACAGGCGUAAUCUCCCCUGGCUUUUCAGAGGAAAGUGAAGCUCCCCCUGAGUGGACAGGGUGGAAGCUGCUGACGAUGGCAGGAGUCUUUGACUGUUGGUCGCCACCAACAGGUGGAGAUCCUCUUUACACAUACAGCGUCAUCACAGUGAAUGCUUCCCCAAAUCUGCAAAACAUUCAUGACAGGAUGCCAGCCAUCCUUGACGGAGAAGAAGAAGUGAGAAGAUGGCUUGAUUUUGGAGAGGUGAAGUCUCUUGAUGCCAUCAAGCUGCUUCAGCCCAAAGACAUCCUGACCUUUCAUCCCGUUUCUUCUUUUGUCAACAACUCACGCAACAACUCCCCAGAGUGCCUUCAACCAGUGGAUCUGAACAGCAAAAAGGAGCCUAAAGCCUCAGCAAGCAGUAAGAUGAUGAUGAGCUGGCUGUCAAGCAGCAGCCCUUCAAAAAGAAAGGACCCUGAUGCCAAUGAGAACAAAGAAGAGGACGGCAAGGCUAAGGCACAAAGCAAGCCUGUUGGAGGACUUAGGCUGUGGCUCCAGGGAGCCAAUAAGAAACCAAGAACAAAAUAACCGUAUGAACUGAAAACCAAAAGGAAAUCCUUCCAUCCUUAUUUUUCUGCUAUAAUUGUUCAGUUACGUUUUUUAAAUGCAUGUUAAUACUUGAUUUAUAUCUGGAAAUUUGACUCAGAUUUAAUAAAUAAAA